CGGGCGGCGCGCCCAUUUCCGGCCCGGGGCGGCUGCGGUGCGGGUCGGCCCCGCGCGGGGUUGGCGGCACGGCCGGCGGCCAUGGAUCUGUUCGGGGACCUGCCCGAGCCCGGCGGCGCCGCUGGGAAAGAUGCCCAGAAAGGGCCUCUGCUGUUUGAUGAUCUCCCACCAUCCAGCAGUGCUGACUCAGGAAAAGGAGGCUCUUUGCUCUUUGAUGGUCUCCCACCAGCCAGCAGCGGUGACCCAGCCUCCAGUGCUACCAAGCAAGACUCAUCAGCAGAGAGCCAAGAGAAAGGGCAGAAGAGGAAGUCCUUGGAGGAGGAGGAAGAGRAGAAUGGCAGGGAAGAACUUGUGGAAAAGAAAGUUUGUAAAGGAUCAGUGGGCAUUCUUGGACUGAAGGGUUAUGUGGCAGAGAGAAAAGGGGAGAGAGAAGACAUGCAGGAUGCACAUGUCAUCUUAAAUGAUAUCACYGAGGAGUGCCAGCCUCUGCCCUCCCAAAUCACACGUGUCUCGUACUUUGCUGUUUUUGAUGGCCAUGGGGGAGUCCGAGCCUCAAAAUUUGCUGCACAGAAUCUGCAUCAAAACCUGAUUAAGAAAUUUCCUAAAGGUGAGGUAGUCAGCGUGGAGAAAACUGUGAAGAGGUGCCUUUUGGACACCUUCAAACACACAGAUGAAGAGUUUCUAAAGCAAGCAUCCAGCCAGAAGCCAGCAUGGAAGGAUGGCUCCACAGCCACUUGUGUCUUAGCUGUUGACAAUAUUCUCUACAUAGCCAACCUCGGGGACAGCCGG